GUAUGGCUCCUUAAGAAGACUUGACAGAUUGGUAAAGCUGGUAUUAGUAGACUGCAAAAUGUGCGAAGACGCCCCUGCCCUUGGAAGGUUGCCUUCUCUUGAAUUUCUCGCGUUGGAUGGCCUAGAUAAGUUAACAUGCCUUGGACGUUCCUUCUAUGACAUGGACGAUCGCCGUGCAUCAAGAAACAACAGCAGCAGUGAAGUGUCAAACACAUUGUUUCCAGCUCUUAAAAGUCUCGUACUAUCAGAGAUGCCAAAUCUGAGAGAAUGGAUGGAUGCACAAGCUGAGUCAAGAAGAGAGAGUAAUGAAGAUGUUAAAGUGUUUCCCAUUCUUGAGGAUUUGACAAUUAAUAAGUGCUACCGCCUGGUCAACGCUCCAAGCAAUUUUCCAAGUCUGAAGAGUUUGAAAAUUCAGAAGAUUGACAAGCUUCAGCCAGUGAAAAAGAUUUGCAGCAAUGCAACCAACCUCUCAGCUGUCUGGAUCAAAGGGAUGGCAGAUCUCACUCAUGUUCAAGAUGUUUUGAAUGGCUUGAACCUUCAGUCACUGAUACUAGAAAAAUGCCCCGAAUUAGUUGACAUACAUGGCUGUGGAACUUCACUUAGAGCUUUGAGCAUCCUUGAAUGUGAGAAUAUAAGAAAAUUGCCAGAAGAUCUCCAUCAAUUACAAAAUUUGGAUUCUUUGGUUGUUAUGGGUUGCCAUAAUUUGGAGACAAUUCCAAUUCCUAGUGGACAUAAAGGCCUGACCUCCCUCAAAGAUUUGAGAAUCGGUUAUUGCAACGGGUUAACUAGUCUUCCAGCUGAAAUGCUGGAGGCUCGUUCAUCUCUCUUGUCUCUGAUGGUGUGUAAGUGCCCCAACCUUGUCUCCUUUCCAAUUGAUUUGCGGCAAAUGCCAUCUCUUGUUUCAUUAGCAUUGUUCGGGUGUCCAAAGCUGACCACUAUUCCUAAAGGACUAGAUCAGGUUUCCAGCUUGAGUAUGUUGCAUGUUGGUCCCUUCUUUGAUUCCCACACGGAGAAUGAAUGGUUAUCAGCAUUGGCUUCCUCUUCUGUUCAGAAACUAUCAUUGGUUGGUCAACCUCAAUCAGCCUCCCUGCCGGUACAGCUUCAAUACCUUACUAGCCUGACAGCACUAGGUCUACAUGGUUUUGGAGCGGAAGUUUUACCAGACUGGUUGGGGAAUCUUGCAUCACUUGAGGAACUACGGCUAGAUGGUUGUGAAAAGCUUCAGCAUUUACCUUCCACUGCUGCCAUGAGGCGCCUCACCAAAUUAAAAUUCCUGGGAAUUUUUGGUUGUUCUCUCCUACAGAAAAAUUUCACUCCUGGCGCUACAUCGGAGUGGCCCAAGGUUUCUCAUAUUUCCCAUGGGCACUUUGAGGACGAACCUAUUGGGGCUUACUGAAAUUUCAUUCUGUCUGAAAGAUUAAUGAAAACAGCAGAUGUUGCUCGAUUUCCAACCAGCAGAUCGCUGCAUGCAAGUUCCUAGCUUGUCAUUUCUUCUCGUUCUUGUGCUUUUCUGUUCAUGAAUUAUUUGUCUUUUAAAGUAGAUGCGCUGGAAAGAUGCACCUCUUGGAGCAGCCCCAACACUACAGAUUUCAUACUUCAAGUCUUAGCAGCUAUUCAUUCCAGAAAUGUGGAUUUCCUGAGUUCUAUCCUAUUGGGUCCCAAGCUAUUAAUUUCUCUUAUAACUUGAUUCUUGUAAAUGAUGUUUAAGGAUAGUUUUGAAAAACUCACAUGCGUUUUUGAAUGUUUAUCUACUACCCUUCCUAGCUAUCCAGUAUAAUUUGCUUUGCCUCCCACA